CCUAUUUCAGUCUUCAUUCUCUGCUCUCUGCUUUUUUUCUUCUUCAACUAAAUUAGCUACCUCUUUGUUUUGUCUGUCAUCAGCUUCUACUUCACACUCAUAAGAUAGGCCUUUGUCCUUCUAUUUCAAGGCAAAAUUGUGUUACCCUACAAAACUAGGGUUACUGCAUACUGUUGGGGGCUGCGUUUGUCCAACGAAGAUCAGACACGUGGCAAGCAUGAAGGAGAAUGGCAGCAGCAGGAAACAAGGUGCACCCUCGCCCUGUGCAGCAUGCAAGCUUCUCAGAAGAAGGUGUGCUCAGGAUUGUGUGUUCGCUCCCUAUUUUCCUGCGGAUGAGCCCCAAAAGUUUGCUAAUGUUCACAAAGUGUUUGGUGCCAGCAAUGUGAACAAGAUGUUGCAGGAGCUGCCAGAGCACCAGAGAGGAGAUGCAGUUAGUAGCAUGGUGUAUGAAGCAAAUGCCAGGGUGCGAGACCCAGUUUAUGGGUGCGUUGGGGCAAUUUCGUCUUUACAACAACAAAUUGAUGUGCUUCAAACCCAACUGGCUGUGGCUCAGGCAGAGGUGGUGCACCUCAAAGUGCGUCAGACCGCAUCAUUCUCGAACCAUGGGUUAAGUCCGGCUAGCCCGAGUAAUAGUAGGUCACCCUCAUCUAAGUUCAUGGGCUCUCAGGCUCGACCCAUUUUCGACAUGGAUAUGAUGGUGGACCAUACCAGCUUGGGAAUGGGAGAGUCCAUGUGGUCAUGCUAAGCUUAAUUAAUUGAAAACAUUUUUGCUCACCACGAUAAACUAUGGUGUAUGCUCACCAUACAUCUAAUUAAUUGACACGUGUCAUUUCACUUAACUCUAGUUAACUUUCACAUUAAAUGUUAGUUUUUCAAUUUUGAAAAAAAUUAACCAAGAUUAAGUGAAAUGACACAUGUCAAUUAAUUAGGUGUAUGGUGAGCAUACGUCAUAGUUUAUGGUGGUGAGCAAAAAUGCUUCCUAAUUAAUUACUGAAGUCUACUCUACUAUAAUCUAGAGAGUAAUUAGCUUUGGUCAUCAUGCCUAAUAUUUGCUUUAGCACUUAUAAUAUAGUCCUUAAUGUACAUCGGGGGUAAACCUAAGGACGGUUACAACAGUUCAAGCGGUGACGGUGACAAUGACAGUGACCAAGGCGAUUCGCCCGCUUCAGUUUGAGAAGGGUUUUCCAUUAGUAACUGGAUUGUAAAUAUUAGUUUAACUUAUCGAUAUGUACAUUGGGUAAUCAUAUAGUCUUGUGGGACUUUUUAUAUUUGCUCCAAGCGACUUGAUGACUUUGGAUGUGUGAAUCCACUAAACAAAUUGGUAGUUUGGAAACAAAAUUGGGAAGAGGAUUGUAGUAGGAUUUGCAGAUUAUGGAGCAGUAAAUGUAUGAAAUAUUAUUAAAAAAAAAAGUUAUUUUCCUCUUA